AUCCAGGAUUUGUGAGUGGUAGCAAGUUAGCAACCUACAUUGCUUGAAAGUUGCCAUAGGUAUAUUCAACAAUGAGAUACUUUCUCCCUUUACUGGCCAUCAUCUUAUUGGGCAGUACCACCCACGCCAAACUGCAAUCCGUCAACUUUUACGGAAGUAAUUCGUCGUCCCACACGCUCGUCGAAGUUUGUGGGGAACAGCAACCAAUCGGCUGUGAGAAUGACCAAGAAUGCGUCGACAACACCCAUUCUCCUCAAGGUUCGGUCUGCCUACAUUUGGAGGAAAUAGGAUCCAAAAUUUGUGCUUGUCCUCGCGGAGACUGGUUUCUCGAAUGUGAACAAAAUAAAUGCUUCCCUUAUCCCGAAACUCUCUCUGGAUCAACAUGUAUUGAGGCGUUACACUGUAUAAAACUCGCGACUGGGGGGGACAAUGACGCAGAGUUAGUCCAGUUAGUAGAAUGCCUACCAGGUGAUAAUCCAAAGUAUGGAAGUUGUGCUUGCAACGACGCUACGUCAGUCUAUGACUACAGGAAUGACACGUGCAUCAUAAAAGUGGACGAAAAAGGGGCCGAAUGUGACAUUGAUGAGCAAUGUCACGGUUUAGGCGACGCUGAAUGCGCUUAUGAUGGACAAACCGAUCGGAACAGGUGUGACUGCAUCGGUGGGAAGGAUGGCAGUUACUACGACGUUGGACAUAGGAAAUGUUACACACUCACGGAAACUUUAGGAGAUCCAUGUCUCGUUCCACAACAAUGCAAAAAAUUGCAAGGCGACCUAACUGCCGUUUGCCGAGACUUUAAUGAAACUCUUAAGACGUGUCAGUGCGAUGAAAAUGAUGGGUUUGAAGUAGAAAACAAAUGCUGGAUUUUUAUUGAGCAAGAUAACAUUCCCUGCACCCAUGCGGAACAGUGCUGGGCUUACAAGGACUCCACCGACUGUAUCCGAGAAGAGGGGGCGGUCCUGAGUUACUGUAAAUGUAUGGGAGGUUAUGUGAACGUUCUGAACUCGCCUAAUAUUGAGUGUCGACAGAACGUUACGGUGGAGGGUGGUUUCUGUGACUUCGAAAUCCAAUGCGUCGCAGGGAUGGGGCCAUACUCUGAAUGUCUGGCAGGAUCGUGCCGCUGCAAAGAUGGGACCGGAUAUCACAACGACAACGGUGCCGUCAACAAAUGCUUUCCCCCGAAAUGUUACAACCAGCCGUGUUCCUUGGACGGAGAAUGUGCCGUUUGUGUCGGGGCCAACUCGUUGUGCCGCAAUUCGACGACCGCGCGUACCUGUGGCUGUGUCGACACGGCGAUAGAUUCCGAGGACGGGAAGUGCUACUUGCCAAAAAGGGUGGGCGAUAUUUGCUACACGCAAGCAGAGUGUACCGUUCCAAUUAAAGGUCAUGUCGAGUGUGACAUGAUGACCAAACGGUGUGUUUGCGAGGUCGACUACGUGUCAGAUUUGGGGGGCACGAUGUGCCGAUCGGGGAGUGAGAGGGUUCAGUUUAGCCUAGUUUUUGUUUUGAUGAUUGCUCUUUCGAAAUUAUUUUAGUUUGGAUUGUUUAAAAAUUAAGUAUUAGUGCAUUUAGUUAGCAGUUUGUUAAGUAAUGUUUUUCAUGAGCAGUUUUCAUGUUUAUUGUUAUGCAUGAAAAUAAAUUAUUAUGAUUGUGUAAGUAGCAGUACUUCUGGAAAAUUAAAAAAUAUAUAAAAUAGUUUUUCAACA